AUCUGCACACACACACAGUGCUCGCUGCCUCAUCCGAUCGGUUGGCGCAGGGCAGUCAGUGAAUGAGUCCGUCAGUGAGAUCAGCGGUCGGUCCUGUCAUCCCUCCCUCCCUCUCUUAUCGGCAAUCCCAUCCCGCCCCUCUGGCUGUCUGUCUGUCACCCAACACACCUGCACACACCACACACACACACAUCCAGGUGCCGAUGGGCGCUUCUGGUGCCGCACACAAGCAUUUCUUACCCCGUCAGUGUCUUUCUUGUCUGUCUAAGGGCUGUGGCAGCGAUCCGCAUACGCCCGCUUCUGUCCGCUGCCCUCACCCUGAGCACCGUCAUCCCCACUGCUGCCGUCGGCCAUCUGCCGCACCGCUAUCAGAUCUGCCAGGGGGGCCCCCUUCUUGUGCAGGAGUGCCCUGAGCUGGCGGAGUGUCUGGUCGGUGGCAUCUGGGCCGCUGGUGUCGGUGAGGCGGUUGAGGUGGGGCAGCCCGCCGUCGGAGAGGAUGGACAGGGCGGCCUUCAGCACAUCAACCUGUCAAGAGAGGACAGCAGACAGAGAGAAUGGAUGGACUCUGUGUGGUGUCUUCCCUCAGCCACCGGCAUGUCGGUGACCUCAACCGAUUCCAUCUUGUCGCUCUUGUUCAUCCAGGCGCCCACAUACACACCCAAUGUCUCACCGCUGACAGACAGACAGAGCACACAGAUCGGUGUGCCUGUCUCGAAUGCGUUGUGAUUGCGUACCGAAAUUUCUCCCUGUUGAUCUCUUCGGCUGUGCUGCUUUCGAGUAUGCGGCUGGCGUCCUCGUGGCCCACAUCGGUGUGGUGUCCUCCGGCGUAGUGGGUGCUGGCAUUCACGCUGCGGCUGAGAUGAGGGCGGCAGCCGCCGGUCACCGUCAGAGACGUCAGAUUCGGCAGAGACCACCGACACACAUAGGCUACCUGCCCACCCACCACACACACAGGGAGACGCACAUGACUGGUCGGUCUCUGUCUGUGCGUCUGUUGAAAGUCACCUUAGUGAAUCCGCUGAGGUUGGCCUUAUCCGACGGCACCACCACAGUCGUCAGCUUCGGGAACUCCAACAUAGCGUCGUCCGGCCGAUCGAUGCCACACGGACGGGGCGGCUUGAAGCCGUAGGCCGCCGGCACCUCCGGCAGGUCCACCCGCCCCUCACGCACACGCAGCUCGGCCAACGUCGAGUGCGAUGCCUCCAGCACACGCACCACCCCGUUGACGGCGAACGGCUGGAGGGAGGGGCUGCGGGGGUGCAGGACGGUGCGUGUGCCGCCGGUGGUGUGGGCCUUGUGCAGCAGGGGGCUCUUGGCCGAGAAUAUGGACGGCGGGUCGGCGUAGUGCUUGACGGCCGGGAGGGUGGGGGGGAUGAAUGGGGGCCGGAUGGCGCCAGUGAGAAUCGACGAGAGGGCGUAGGCGAAGGGCACACACAUGGCGCUGUCGGGGGCGCUGUCGAAGGGCGGCGAGGGGCUCAUGGACGAGCCAAUCUCACGCACACAGCGCCUGCGCCACGGCUGCUUCUGCACGAUUAUGCGGGCCUUGUCGGGCUGGCGGGGCGGAGGGGGCUUGAUGUCGGCCGUCGAGAUGAGUGUCAUUCGCGGCGCCCAGAGGCUCGACACGCUGAGGUCGAAUCGGUGCCAUUGCGGCUCGCCGGCGAUGGUCAGCCGCGUGUGGAACUCCGGCCUGAUGACGAGCGAGCGGAAGGCGGAGGCCCACAGGCCCACACGGCCGAUGAUCUCGAGGGUCGUCAUGAAGUCGGUCACGCCACACAGACAGUUCUCCGGCAGUGUCGACAGCGUCACAGUCGGUAGCUCGCCGCCCCCCUGGUCGCCCUUGGCGGCCCUCUUGAUGAGCCGAUAGGCCGGCGGCUGUGUGGCCCACAGCAGGAACUCGCCGACCAUCGUCAUCUCGCUAGGCAGCCACACGCGGCUGCGGGGCACGCGGUGACAGGGUGGGGGGCCGGUGGAAGCUUGCAGGAAAUCAUGCAGGAAGGGCUGUGCCAAGGUGAAGUCAAUCCUGGACUGGAUGGACGGAACGCGUCGAUUGGCCGCUCGACGGCCCGGUUGGGGCGGUGGCCUGUGAAGGGGCUGCUGCAUGCGCAUCGGAGGUGCGGACGGGUGAUGCUGCACCGGAGGGCCCUGCGGCAUGAGAAGUGGCACGUGGCCCUGUGGCAUGUGGACCUGCGGCACGUGGACCUGCGGCACGUGGACCUGCGCCAUAUGCAUGGCGAACUGCGCCACUGGCAUGCGGAUACGCUGUAUGGGAGGCUGCUGCUGCUGCUGCUGCUGCACACCGAAUGGCAUGGGGAUUUGCUGCAUACGUCGGUUGGCCACAGGUGGGGUCGGAGGCGGCGUGUGUGGUGGGAGGGGCGGUGUGGGGGGCGGGGGUGUGAGGUCGGUCUCGGCAAAGGCGCCGGGGGGGCUGGUGAGCUUCUUGAGUCGCCUGAGGUUGUGUUGGUCGGUGAAGUGCCGGGCGAUGCGGCAGCCGGGGGGCGUGAGGGCCUCAUCCAAGAAGGGCAGCCGACGCAAAUGCUCGGAGGCUGGCAACCUGACACACACCACAGGAGAAGGAGCACGACGUUGGCACAUCCAUCCAUCCAUCCGUCCGUCCACCCCACUGAGUGUGCUCACUGGUCGAUGGCUGUUCGCAGCAAGUCCAUCAGGUGAUCGUAUCGCGGCAGCUGCAGCCUCCCGUAGCCCAGCACCUCCUUGACAAACUCACACACACUACCUGACCACACACAGAGACGGACACAGAGAGACCAAUGAGGUGCAUCCCUCCCUCUGCCUCCCACUGCCUGCCAGUGGCCUACCGGGGAGCCCCUCGCAGAGCUGGUCUACGUUGGUGUAUCUCUUAAAGUCGGCCACAGUUUUGAAGUCGGCCAGACUCAGGUUGUUGCUUGACGCAGGGAGGGUGGGGUUGUCCACCCACGGCAGCGACUCGUCCCCCUUCAGCAGACACAGCAUCGAGUAGCAGAGGCCCUCCAGGUCAUCCCUACAGGCAGACAGGCAGCCCUUGGUUGAGCUCAGUGCGACCGGCCUGCCUGUGCUCACGCACUUGAAUGCGGGUGGCUGCUAGGUUAGAGAUGCGAUGGGUGCGAGGUGGAGGGUGUGCUGGCCACACCCUCGCCGGUUGCGGCGGCUGGUCUCGUCAUCGUCGCCAGGUUUGGAGCGGACGGGUCGGCACUGCUUCAGGUCCACCAGAUAGACACGCUUGCCGUGGCCGUACUUGACCAUCAUAUUCUGACACAGAGGGAGGGAGGGAGGGAGGAGGAGAGUUGCGCCGUGAGUGAUGUGGUGCAUUGGCUCUUGUCUUCGGGGGAGGGGUGCCUACUCUAGGUUUGACGUGUUCGUGGACGAGUCCGUGUGAGUGGAGCUCUCGCAAUGAAGGGACCUGCACACACACACACAUGACAGACAGAGAGAGGACGUGACCACCCGACACACAGCUCUCCAGUGCGUGUGUAUGAGGGCACACCGCCUCGAUGGACAGCUCGAGGAUGAGUUUGGCGGGUCGCCAGUCGUCCCCCUCUUGGCCCUCCGUCUGCCCCGCCGCCCACUGCCGGGCGUAGCGCAUUACGCUCUCCAGGUCGCAGUCCAGCUGUUCGUUGACGUAGAAGUCGACAGGUGCACUGCCGAAGUCGCCAUCCUUGAUAGCCCCCUGCUGGACGACCUGCGUCUCAUAAUGCACUGGCUCCGGGCAGAUCGGCAGCUUGGCAGACGCUGCACACACACGCAGACAGACAACCGGAUGGAUGGGCUGUCUGUGUGCCUGUAUGUCUUCUGUGUGUGUUGGUCACCUUUGAGGUACUGGUACACGAAGUUCUGGCGUGCUAGACUGCCGAGCGGAUGACACUCGAGCGCAUUGAAGAGGGUCUUGGGGCCGUACUCUUGGGGCGGUGAGGGGGGCGGGGGAGGGCUGUCUGACGAUGCCGUCGAGGGCGAGUCGCCACCCGACGCUGCAGAUGCAGACGCGCCGGUCGCCCCCCUCCCCGCACCCCCACUGCUGCCGGCGCCCUUGCCACCGGCGGCACUGCUCCCGCCGCCGCCGCCCUUCUUGGCGCUGCUGUCUUUGGCGGAACUUGUGCCCUUCUUGCCAAAGUCACGAACGGGGGAGGGGAGAACGCGUUGCUGAUGAUCGAAACAACAGAGAAGCCAGCGUAUGUGUAUGGGUGUGGGUGUGGGUGUGCGUAUGUGCUUUGUCUACCAUCUGGCAGAUGAGCUUCCUGGCGUCCUGCCCCUCCUCCCACGACACAACUGGACACACACACAGCAGCACACAGGGUGACUGACCAUGGCGCUGCUUUGCGGGUCAGGUAGCUGACUUACCUGUGGCCUGUGCGGUGAGCUGAUGGACUGACGUCAUGGACUGCAGCUCGUACUCCUUGCGAGCACCGACACGAAGCGGCAUACACAACAAGUUGAGCCGGGGAUUCGCCUCCCAGAACAGGAAAAACGGGCUCUGUAAGAUACACCGUCCAUCGUGUAUGUGUCACCCCAGUCCUGUCCUGUCCUGUAUGUGAUGUGAUAUGUGUUGCCCCAGGGAAGGGCUCACUCACUGGCUCUUGCUGUACUCGGUCAUCGACCUUCCCAUCACCCUCCUGCUGCUUCUGCUUAUCGGUGGCACCCCCCACACCCUCACCGCCGCCCUGCUGCUCGUCAGCACCACCCGCACCAUCACCAUCACCCGCAGCAGCAGCCGCGCCCAGCGCCAUGGCUGUCUGCUGCUGUGCGACACCACUGGCCUGCUGGUCCUGGUUCUGGAGUAGGGAAGCAGCGAGGUCCGGGGACGACUUGACGCGCCGCAGCAGAGGUGCCGUGUCGCUGUCCUCGAGCGAUGGGUGGCCGGCGAAGGAGCGGCUGCGCUUCAGCUGGUGCUUCUUGGGGGUGGGUAUGGCGGCUUGGUGGCUGCCCUGUGUGCUGUGUAUGCGGCGGACGGCCUCCCUCACCAAAGCCAACAACACACGCUCCAUCACACCGCCACUCGCCUCGACCUUGGCGGCCUCUCCAUCCAGCUGCUUAGCACCAGCCGCCCCCUCCUGACCAUCGCUGGCCUCCUCCGUGUUGUGCAUGCGGCGGACGGCCUCUCUCACGAGCACCUCUAACACACGCUCCACCACGCUGCGAGUCGCCUGUCCAUCGAGCUGCUUGGCGUCUGCCGCAUCAUGCUGUCCGCUGCUUGCCUUCGAUUGUCCGCCCUGAGGUCCCAUCGGCAGAUCGCUCGUCGGCUGAGCCUUAUAAUUAUCAUCGAUAUGAGGGUCGUUGUGAGGCAAAGAGAGUGGCGGGUGGGCCGCUGGGGCGCCGCUGCCGCCUCGUGUGGCGCCGUUGAGUGCCUCUUUGCCCGGGCUGCUGCCAUCGGUCAUCUGGUCUUCGGGCGAUGAGUCAGGCGAGACGCUGACAGAGUCAGUGAGGUAGAAAGACCAUCAGGACGACCUAUAC